AACGGCAGCGAGGACAUGGCGGCGGAGGGGAUCGCUGUGGCGGAACUGCAGCCGGACGGGGAGAGCAGCAGCGAGCUGGACAGCAGCUACGGGCAGCUGCGGGAAGACGAAGAGGAGGGGGAGGACGUCAACUACGUACUCUACAGGGACAGGAAGGAAUGGGCAGACGUUGAACCUGUCUCUCAAAAUGAUGGGCCAAAUCCUGUUGUUCAGAUCAUCUACAGUGAAAAAUUUCAAGAUGUCUAUGAUUACUUCCGGGCUGUUCUGCAGCAGGACGAGAGAAGUGAAAGAGCUUUCAAGCUAACAGCAGAUGCCCUUGAGUUAAAUGCUGCAAAUUACACAGUAUGGCAUUUCCGGAGGGUCCUCCUGCAGUCUUUGGGAAAGGAUCUCCAUGAGGAACUUAAGUAUAUUACGGCUAUCAUUGAAGAUCAGCCAAAGAACUACCAAGUCUGGCAUCACAGACGGGUGUUGGUGGAAUGGCUGCAGGAUCCAUCCCAAGAGCUUGAGUUCAUAGCUGACAUUCUUAACCAAGAUGCCAAAAAUUACCAUGCAUGGCAACACAGACAAUGGGUUAUUCAGGAGUUCAAAUUAUGGGACAAUGAACUGGAAUACGUAGACCAGCUUUUGAAGGAAGAUGUGAGAAACAACUCUGUUUGGAACCAACGACAUUUCGUAAUUUUCAAUACCACUGGCUAUGAUGAUCCAGCAGUCCUAGACAGAGAAGUCCAUUACACUCUUAAGAUGAUCGCAGCAGUGCCACAUAAUGAGAGCGCAUGGAACUAUUUAAAAGGGAUUCUACAGGAUCGUGGUCUUUCAAAGUAUCCAAAUCUGUUAGAGCAGCUGUUGAAUUUACAGCCCAGCCACAGUUCACCCUAUCUGAUUGCCUUUCUUGUGGACUUUUAUGAAGAUAUGCUUGAAAACCAGUGUGAUGACAAGGAAGAAACACUAAAUAAGGCAUUGGAGUUGUGUGAAAUUCUGGCUAAAGAAAAAGACACCAUCCGAAAGGAAUACUGGAGAUAUAUUGGAAGGUCCCUUCAGAACAGGCACAGCUCAGGCCCUGAACAGAACACACUGGCAGACAAGCAUCAGUAACUGGAAGUGGAAGAAAACAGUGUUAAGCACUGAAGCUGUUCUAAAGCAGUACUGAGUAGGUUUAUCAGCUAACUUAAAAUCCAGUGUAGUAUUCCCCUGGUGAAGAGGUAUUACAAUGAAAUUUGAGUGCAGAGUGCUGUAUAGUCUCGGGUCACUGCUGCUACUGGUGAUAGCUCUGUGUGCAGUUAAGAAAUUUAUUAAGGCUUAAUUAUUGAAAUGUACCAAAUAAAGGGUUUGUUUCCUAGUAAUAAAUACAUAAAGUUAUACCUACGAUAUAUAAGGCACUAAAUUAAUUUCUCAUGCCUUGACUUACCCACUUGUGGUUCCUAACAGUCACAUCAGAUCCUGCAGUAACAACUGCCGGUAACUUCACAGUUGUGACUAUUAAGUAACAUACUUCUGGUUAGUGCGAGCAGGCGCUGCAGUUGUUGCUUUAUGUGGCAGCAGCUAUGCAACACUGACAGCACAUGCUAUUGUAUGAAACUAACACCAAGUAAUUUUGUAAUAAAAAUAGGUAACAAAGCAUUUGUCUGAAAUUUUUUAGUGUAUUUCUUUUGGUCUUUAAACAGUCUGUCAAAGAACAGUCUGUUCUUCUCAGAUGCUAAUAGAGAUAAAAUAUUCCCUUUUAGGGAGAUUGGAUUCUGUUGCAUUGAGGUGGCUUUUGCACUGGAGUAUUCUCAUCCCAGAAACUUUCAGUAUACUUGAUGUAUUCAGUAGAGCCUUGAAUUCUUAUCUGCACAGUCAGGAACAAUGCUUUGAGGAUCCACUUAGAUUUUUGUAGGAAUUCUGUUCAGACAGCUGCAAGUCUGAAUUUUUUUUUUCUUCAUCUUUUAUGACCAGACCAAACUUAAAUCAUAGGUCAGAAGAUAUUAUAACUAACUGGUUAUGUUACGUUAUCUUCACUGAACUUGAAGGGAAGGAAUGGCUUUCAUCUAGACCUAUUUGCAGUAAAUGUCUUAACCUUGUUGCUCUUAUAGGCUUUUCGUGUUUUUUCUGUUUAUAUAUUCAGCCAAGAACUAUUUUUCCUUUUCUUUGUGAAAGAUACAAGGCACCUGCAGUACAAAACUGUAGAGUGUGGUGUGCGUACCUCUACAAGGAAACUGCUGCAUCUGCCCUGUUUUCAGUAAAUGGCUAUUGUAAAUUGUGUUCUUAGCACAGCGUGCUUGUUUGAUAUGACGUAUUUUCUUGGAGGUGAUCGUAAAGAGAACAAAUAAAUACUAAUAUUUAUUCCAUAAUAUGAACUGUCUUUCUGAUACUAAACAUUAAAAGCUGCUGCUGUAAUUAAAUGUAGUGGAGACUUUAAAUGCUUAAAAUACAUUAAUGCAUUCUUUAAAUUUAAAACAGUAUCUGAUUUUUUUAAUGCUUUUACCACUUGACCAGCAGUAGAGAAAACAUCUUUGUAAUGACACGUUAACAUUUAAAAUGGACAUGAACUUCAAACUUCUGGAGAUUUUUUAAUCUGCUCUUAAGAUCCAGCAUAGAACAAAAAGUGUAUAUUUCUACCCCCAUUAAUUGUUCCUAAUUGAAACUAAACUAAAUACAAAAUACUGAUCACUCAGGAUGUUCAAGGUCUUCAGUACCUUAAAAUAAACAUCAUCAACGUAGAGGGAACAGAAUUUGUCCUCUGAAUAUGGUGUUAAUAAGUUCCUGUAUCUAUAAACAAAAUUCAGAGGGCACUUGGAAUAAGUCAGAGUAUUCUAUAAAGACCUUGGCAUGAAUUUCAGAGACAAUAACUCAUCCCAAGGUAAGAAGAUGAACAGUGUCCACUGGGACACUGUAUUUUGGAAUAUGACCUCUCAGUCACUUUUGGUCUGAAGAAAGAUCUUAGAUUUAGCCCUACUGUGCUUCUGUGUCAAGAAUGGUGGGAUCUUCUGACAAGCCUCUUAGACUAUUUUAUAGUGUGGUCAACUUACAGCAUUCUUAUGCUUGAAAAUGAUGUCUAGAAGUAAUCUGUAAAGAAUCAUUAACUAACAAGGUUAAUACAGUUUUAUGCUGGUUAUACAAGCACAAUGAUAGUUGCAAAGAUAAUGCCACUUCUAAAUUUAUCAAUGAAGGAAUAACCAGAUAUGUAUGCUAACAGAAAAAUGUCUCAUGUAAAAUAAAUGUGUGAUCAAACAAAUCAUGCAAAUCCUAACAAAAAAACAUGCUGGAGACUAGAGUCCAGCUGUUUGGUUUUUUGGUUUGCUUUUUUGUUGUUGUUUUUUUUUUUUAAAGUCACUAUGUUUUAACAGAAAUGUUCAGGUUUUUCUUUCAAUUGUUUAUGUUUACUGUCAUUCGGAUUGCAAGGAAGCUCUAAAAUUGAUUUCAAAAGGCCCCUCAGUUCUGUGAUAGUCAGCCAUACUCAGAAAUACUGAGCUGAAAGAGCUGGGAAGACAAUAGUCUGCCCAGCCAGGCUGCAACUGCAGCUAUGAAGACUUUAAUUUUUAAAAUGUGUCUCAGACAGAAUCUUCCUACGGUAGUGGGAGCUUGACAAAAUGUAUGGGCUAUAGAGAGAAGGAUCUUACAAUAGGAAGUGUUAGAUGACUUUAACCUGUAGGCAUUGGUACUGACUACCUAUGAUUAGAGGAAACACCAAACUGAUUUGUUCUAAGGGUUCACCUGUACAAGAAUACUUUAACUGUUGUUACUGAUUGUGUGUAGUGAUGUGACUCUUGUGUACAAUUUUAUUACUGAAGAACUGUGCCUAAAUGGAAAACUGUAUUGGUACAACUGUCCCUUGUAAAUCAGUGUAACCAGAACAUUCAGUGGAGUACAGAGAAUUAUUAAAGCAUGUGAAAUAAUUUCCUA